AUGUAUCGCAUGGUGAAGUUGAAUUCAGCAGAUCAGCCACUCCAGCGCAUUCUCUGGAGAAAAUCUGCCAACGAACCGGUAACCGCCUUCCAGCUGACGACAGUCACAUAUGGCACAGCCUCCGCACCAUACCUGGCGACGAAGUGCAUUCAACGGUUGGCGAAUGAUGCAAAACACACACAUCCUGUAGCAGCAGAGGUGGCUCGGAAGGAUUUUUAUGUAGAUGACCUUCUGAGUGGUACAGACAGCAUCAAAACUGGAAAGCAACUUGUCUGCCAACUCAUCGAUAUGUUCAACUCUGCCGGAUUCAGUUUGAGAAAGUGGAGCUCUAACAAUUUGGAGCUUAUCGAUGAUGUUCCUUCAGAACUUCGCGAUAAUCGCUCAACCUUUGAGAUUGAUUCAUCGUCUACUGUGAAAACCCUAGGGCUUAUUUGGGAACCAUCCGUCGAUAAAUUCAAUUACGCCAUACCUCGUUGGAGCUCUGAACCUACAAUCACCAAGAGAGUUGUUUUGGGAGACAUAGCUCGCAUUUUUGACCCACUUGGUCUCAUCGGUCCUGUAGUGGUACAGGCGAAAAUAUUUUUACAAGAGCUGUGGAAACUAAAGGGUGAUUGGGAUGAGCCAUUAUCCGUCAGUCAUCACGAGUUCUGGUUAACGUACCGCAGAAAUUUAACUGCCCUCGAGUCACUCAAGGUUCCUCGAUGGAUUGGAUUUACCAAUGAUGCGAGCCACGUGGAAGUCCACGGCUUCUGUGACGCAUCAGAAGCAGCGUAUGGUGCGUGUCUAUAUUUACGCUGCACCUCACUUGAUGGAUCAGUUAGCGUUCGUCUCAUCACGGCCAAAUCAAAAGUUGCGCCAAUAGAAGUUAUCAAUCGAAAAAAGAAAAAACAAACCAUCUCACGUUUAGAACUAUCAUCCGCUUUAUUGCUGAGCCAUUUAUACGAGAAGGUUCGCAAAAGUAUACAAAUCCCGUCCCAUGCAUAUUUUUGGACCGAUUCGAUGAUGGUGAAGUGCUGGUUAUCAUCGCUUCCGUCUCGUUGGCAAAUCUUCGUAGCCAAUCGAGUUUCGGAGAUACAGCAUAUCACGAAGGACGGAUGCUGGAAUCAUGUAGCUGGCGAAAAUAAUCCCGCCGACAUCAUCUCACGCGGAAUGAUUCCCGCUCAAUUACAAUACCAAUCUGUUUGGUUUGAAGGUCCACUUUGGCUGCGCUUCGAUCGAUCCUUGUGGCCGAUAUCUACUGACACCAUGUCAGAAGGAGAUGAAGCUCUCUUGGAGGAAAGGUCUACCACGAUCCUCGCUACUCACAAUCAAUCUACGAACGAGUUGAUUCUUCUACGAUCCUCAUUUCCUGAACUAGUCAUAUUAAUAGCAUUGAUUCGCCGAUUCAUCCUGAACGCAAAAACGAAGGAACGUAACAGUAGACAUAUCGGUUUGCUGACGCAUACAGAGCAUGAAGAUGCCUUGCAAGUUUUAAUCCGCUUAGCUCAACGGGAGAGUUUCCCGACUGAAUUGAGAGACCUCUCCCACGCUCGUUCGAUUAAUCAAUCAUCGAAAAUCACAUCUUUGAAUCCCAUUCUGGUCGACGGUAUAAUACGCGUAGGCGGGCGGCUGGCAAACGCACCAGUGUCCGAAAACAGGAAACACCCCAUGAUUUUACAUCACCAGCAUCCAUUGACUAAACUAAUUAUGGAACAUUACCAUCGUAAGCAUUUCCACGCUGGCCAGCAAUUCUUGAUCGCCUCGGUUCGGGAGCGUUAUUGGCCGACGAAUGUUCGCAGUCUCGCUCGCAAAGUCGUUUUCGAGUGCACAUCAUGUUUCCGUAACAAACCUACGGUUCACCAGCAACUGAUGGCAGAUCUCCCAGCAGAUCGUGUAAGCCCCGCAGCAGCAUUUAUCAAGAUCGGGGUAGAUUUUUGUGGUCCCUUCUUUAUACGCUAUCCUGGUCGUCGUACCACAUCAAUAAAAUGCUACGUGUCAAUCUUCGUCUGCCUGACGACGAAAGCAGUGCACAUGGAGGUGGUUGCUGACCUCACAACCCAGGCAUUCCUCGGAGCCCUUAAGCGGUUCGUUUCUAUACGUGGAAAACCGUCAGUCAUCACCUGCGACAACGCCACCAAUUUUGUUGGAGCCAAUCGAGAGCUGGAACUACUUCGACUGCAGUUGUGCAAUCAACAAUUUCAACAUACUGUUACUCGCGACUGUGAAACUGAAGGGAUCCAGUUUAAAUUUAUCCCACCAAGAUCUCCAAACUUCGGCGGACUGUGGGAGGCCGCCGUAAAAUCGUUCAAAACGCAGUUUCGUAAAACGAUUGGAUCCAGAGUUUUAACAUAUGACGAGCAUAUAUAUGGUACAGCAGUUAGCAGCAAUUUUGAACUCUCAUCCUUUAACGCCACUCAGCAACGACCCCAACGACUAUGA